GCGGCCGCGGGGGCGCUGCCGCCGCCGUUCAUUGUGCUCGGCCGGUGCCGCCUCCCGCUGCCAGCGCCGGCCACGGCGGGGGGGGCCCGCUCCCGCCUCCGCUCCGGCCCCCCAGCACCGGCUCGGGGCCGCCCCGGCUCCUGCACCCAUCCCCGAAGGCACCGAGCUCCGCUGCACCCAUCCCGGGAGGGGGGGGGCCUGUCCUACCCCGGGGGUGUCUCAGCACCCAUCCCGGGGAGGGGGGGUGCUGCGCUGCGCGGGGAGCGGGGGGCUCAGCACCCAUUCCCCAGCGGGGCUGCCCUGCACCCAUCCCCGGGAGCUGCCCUGCACCGGGUGGGUGGCCGGCACCCAUCCCCGGGGGAGCGGGCUGCCUUGCACCCAUCCCCGGGGGGGCUGCACCGCGCCGGGGGCGGCCCAGCACCUACCCCCGUGUGGGUGGGGGGUGUGUAGGGGGUGCUGCACCGCACCCAGCCCCGCUGUCCCCGCCGUGGGGCUGCCAGCCUUCUCCCAUCGCCGGUAACCGGCUCCUGGCUCCCGCCUCGUUUUAUGGUCGUGGAGAGGGAGGAAAAAUCCCAAACCAGCUGCGUAAAUGAGUAUGGAAGAUUAUGAUUUCCUCUUCAAAAUUGUUUUAAUUGGCAACGCCGGUGUGGGGAAGACCUGCUUAGUCCGUCGCUUCACUCAGGGGCUUUUCCCGCCGGGUCAAGGAGCCACGAUUGGGGUUGACUUCAUGAUUAAAACUGUGGAGAUAAAUGGUGAAAAAGUAAAGCUGCAGAUCUGGGACACGGCAGGACAAGAGCGAUUCCGGUCCAUCACGCAGAGUUACUAUCGCAGCGCGAACGCGUUAAUCUUGACCUACGACAUCACCUGCGAAGAAUCCUUCCGGUGUCUCCCCGAGUGGCUGCGAGAAAUCGAGCAAUAUGCCAGCAACAAGGUCAUAACCGUGCUCGUGGGUAAUAAGAUUGAUUUAGCUGAUAAGAGGGAAGUCUCCCAGCAAAGAGCUGCAGAGUUUUCCGAAGCACAGGACAUGUACUAUCUGGAAACCUCAGCAAAAGAAUCGGAUAAUGUGGAAAAACUCUUCCUGGACUUGGCCUGCCGGUUGAUCAGCGAGGCACGACAGAACACCCUUGUGAACAAUGUCUCCUCCCCCUUACCAGGAGAGGGGAAAAGUAUCAGCUACUUGACUUGCUGUAAUUUUAAUUAAAAAGCUGGCAUGGGAUUUAUUUUUUUCCCCCUUCUGCCAUGGGCCUAGAGGAUUUUUUUUUUUUUCUGGAAUUUAUCUCCUUGAAGGGAAUUCCUGCAACUUUGACGCAUCUGACUGACCCUCAGUCAGGUUGCAGGCUGGGAAGCACGGCAGGCUGACGGCUCCAGCUGCAUGGCAACGUAGCAGAAUAUAACACGGUUUAAAUUUCAUUUUUCUUGCAGUCUCUGGAGCAGGGUUAGCAAAAGGAGGGUCGCACAAUUGCUUCGUGCAAUGCAGAACGUGAGCUAUUGCCUGUCCUGUGGGAGACUAGAGCGGCCUCUCUUGAAGAAGAUAUUGAAGAGAUGGAGAUCUCACAGAACAAUGGGUUUGGUCAUUUUUAAAUGAAAAAAAAAAAAAAUCAAAACCCCAACAAUGAACACUGAGCCUGGACUACACUGGCCAUCCUUUGGGCUGCCAGCCAGUGAGCUCUUAGGACAUGUACAUAGUGUCUGCCCGCGCGUCGUCAUGGAGGACUCCAGUGUUUGAAAUAGUGUUAUGUCUCUCAUCUACAGGCACUUUCAUGAACAUGAAAUUAAAAAAAAGUUACGUAUAUCAACAUUUUCAAGACUUAAGAAGACAUGGAUACAGCUCAGUUGCUCCCUUUGGUGCUAGCAGUUCGACAAAUAUUCCGUAGACCAAACGUAGUCUUACUACAUCAUUGUCCUCUGAAUGUGUAACUUAGACUGGUUAGGAAAAAAACACUAAUAAGCACUCUUCAUAAAAAUAAAAAAGAAAUAAAUCUCGUUACCUCUUUUUCUAGGCCUGAACAUAGAGGGAAAGGACUGUGCUGCUUUGAUAUCCGACAUAGGAUGAAAAGACCUUCCAGAAAUAAAAAAAAAAAUAAAAAAUUAACUGUUCCUCCUCUAAUUAGUGAUGUCCUAAUGUGAAAAAUGAGCCUUGGGAAAGGUUAUUGGUGGAGCUGGGAAAAAGCACACCAGAUGUGACCAAAAUCUUGUGCGUCGUGGAUCGUGUACAAGGGUUCAAAGAGAGCACGGUUCGGCGCGGCGGUCUGCAAUGCGUCCGGCUUAAAAAUAAAGCUUGUAGAUACGGUUCUUGUUGAAAGGCAGGCAGGCGUACCAUUUGGUAGAGGGUUUUUGGUUUGUGUUUUUUUUCUUUUUAAUGCGAAGUGGAAAUAGCGAGGGGUUGCAAGUGGUAUCGUUCUGUGUCUGACCCCGCCAGCCCUCGCCGUGUGGAACUGCUCUCCGAGAUGCUCUUGAAGGUAUCUUCUUGGCAUCCCGUCCCUCUGCUAGAGUAGCUUUCAGGUUCAGGGCUGUGGAGUCAUUUAAUUUACGUGAUGCUUUGUACUCUUACUGCCAGACUCCAGUGUCCGUGUAACUGUUUGGGCAAUUGCUGUCUACAAAACCCCCUGAAGUGGAAGCGCUAUGGCGUUUGCGAUGUUUUUACACCUCUAGUGCCAUAUGCAAAUAAUACAUCGCACAUCUACACAUUGACCUUAAAGCGAAUCUGGAAGAUAGUGAUUGCGCACACGAAAAAUGAUUUUUUAGAAGUUUGAGUUCAGUUUACCUAAUCUGGAUAAGUCUCUCCUGGCAAUUACAUGGCUGUGCUACGCUGGAAUUUAGAGUUAAUCAAUUUAAUAUUAUUUGGCAUGUACUGAAGAUUAUAACAGAGCUUUUGUAUUGACAUAAAAAGCUGUCAGUAGGCACUUCUUGAAAAGAAUAACAAUUAAAAAAAAAAAAAGGCUUUUUAAAAUGCUUUUUUUCACAUUUUCCUGGAAAGACUUCUUUGGGCGGUAUCAUGUUGUGCCUUUGAUCUGUAACGGGGAGCUGACUCUGUGUCAGAGAGUGGGGAUCGGUGUCUCAUAGCGCCAUUCUUAAUGUUUUCUUGCUAUUUUUUAGGUCACUUUCUUUGGUUAUAACUAGUGGUAAAAAGGAGGACGUAGAUGUUGUGGUGCAAGGCUUGUUUGUCAUUUAGGUAACCCUUAGCAAAGAGCUUCUGUAAGUGUGAGCUGUUGAGGGACGUGUCACCUGCUGCGCUGGCCUGUACUGCUCCCUUUCAGUCUCUGCUCAUGGUGUGAUCCCGAGGAUUUAGAAAUCUGUGGGACUCGGUGGCUUCUGCUGUGCGGGAGCGUGUGGUGCAGCCUGUGCUGAAGAGCGCUGUCUGUCUCGAGCGUUCCCCAAAUUGCCCGAUGCAGCCCGAUUUGAGCUCGAGAAGACCACCCGACUCCGAGACAGCUGAUUCUGCACAGCUUUUAGGUAGUUGUUUAGAGCAAGGCUCGGGGUGUUACGUGUAAGGUAACGCUCAAGUUAAAAAUCAAUACUACAUAUAUUUAAUUUGUAAAAGCUCUUACUUUCCAGAGGCUGGACUUGUCAGCCUGUAAUUGAUAACAAGUAGGGCAGGGCUGACUGAGUUCAUCGAGGAGGAAGGAGACUGCCCACUAAAAUACCCGUGGGUUCCUCAGCCUGAUUUCCAAAAGCAUCAAAGCUGGGCAGGUACUUUUCAUUCCUGCUGAAUACCACUAUAAAUGCAUUUUAGAGCGCUUCUUGCAUCUUUUCUGGAGGUUGAACUCAUGACUGAACAAGCUGAGCUGGUCAAACAGCAGAACCUGCUAACUUGAUUUUCACGGAUUUUCACUUCGAGGUUUCUAGGCGGCCAAAUCCCUUUUACCAGUGUUUUCCUAACCUGUAGGUGACUAUUUUGGAGACUAGCUGCCUACUAGCAACCUCCGAGCAUUGCUUCCUUUUGUUGCUAGCAAAUCUCCUCCGCGUACGGACUCUGUCUCCACACAGCGCUGGGCUGGUGCAGCGGGGUGGAGUGCCGCGGUUGGGCUGACGUUACAGUGAAGUGUCUGACUUCCCCAGGGACAAAUCGGAACUGAUUCCUUUCAAGGUUUAUUCUGCGUAGACUUAAAAAGUUGAAAGGAAAUAAUGGUGUAUGUGCAACGUUUUAUAAGCCAAAGCUGUAGUUUGAAACGCGCCUCUUCUUCGGCAGUUAACACACACAGAAGAAGAACUGGCAUUUUAUUGUAGUAACUCCUUUGCAGGAGUUAUUCUUGUACACCUUCAGAUCCCUCUCUAGUGCGUACAACCCACCUCUCCUUGUAGCAUUGAGGGCUUAUCUUCUCUUCUACAGUCUUGAAGGCUUCUCGACCAGAAGAGCUUUAUUAACUGCUAAUGACAACUUAGUGGUGCAGCACAGUGAUCAAAGUCUUGAAAAACAAAAGGAGAUUAAAAAAACCCCAACAAACAAAUAUCCGACAGUCAUCUUUCCAGCAAUGGCCAACACCUGGCUAGAUGAGUGGAUUUUUGAGAACUGUCAGUAAAAGCCGUGUGAUGCCUGCUGGGUUGAGCGUCCAAAAUGGGGCCAAAUUUGUCUGGAAAUGUUCUCUACUAGCACGAGAGCAAGGCAUUGCUUUUAGUGUCGUUGCUAGAUUUUGAUGUGUUUUCAGGGUGAUACGCUCACAGCCAUGGGCUAAUCUUGGGUCAGUAUUAAUUUCUACAGCAGUCCCAUAUUGAGACCUUUUCUUCAAAUUUUUUUAACACACUGAGCAGCUCUGAGCAGAAGCCAGUGUUGGAUGGUCAACAAAUGUUCGCUUUAUGUAGAAAACCUGUUUGCAGAGAUUUGUAAAAACAUCCCCUGGAAACUGAAUGGUCUAAACUCGUGUUUUCCAGUUCAGCCAGUGACUCGGUCAGGCUGAUCUCCAGUAAACCACCAAAUGUCCUGUGCUUCAGAUCGCUGUGGGGGAAGUACUCGCUGGGAUUUUGGGUCGGGUGUUUACGCUGCAAGUUUGCUGGGACAAGCCAUGACCCCCUUCUGUUCCCAUUUGUGUUCUCCAUCAGAGAAAAGUGAUAGGGGGGAAAAAAAAAAGCAAUCCCUGCAGGUCAAAGAGUUACGGUGGGAAAAGCGAAUUUAUGAACUCUAUAAAGGAGGAGACACAGGGUGCCUCUUCCUGCCUCUAGCAGUGAAGUGCUGAUGUGAUCUACAGGUAAGUUGAGCAGGCGGUCAGGUGCGUGUUUGUGCUGAAUGCCAAAUGCCUUUGUCAUCGUUGUUUAAUGCAAGCUACGUGACAAAUUGUCAGGCAAGACGCUUUGGUCUUUGCUGUAGAACACGUGAAGCAGCCCUUAAAAUCUGUCAGCCUGCUGGUGCUGCUUGUCGUUUUGGGAAUAGCGGUGUCGGUAGCGGUUGGCUCCUGCGAGCCUGGGCCCAGCUGGUAAUGGCGACUGGGUUCCUUCAGCACCAGUAAUAACGGCAGCAGGCUGCGGCUGGCACAGGGGACGGCGAUUUGAGAAGAGGGAAGGUUGGAAUGAGCGCUGCAGAAGCACGGUGGGUGCACGCGCGUGGGACAACAGCCUUUCCCGAGCUUUUGCUGACAAGGGAUGCAAUUAGUUAUAGUCAGACCCACUGGGUUUCGCCUGAUUCGUUAUCCCCGAGGACUGCGGUUUGUUCAGCGGCUUUUCCGCUUGUCUUCUCCCUUCAGUGCGAAGAGCUGUCUGUAAAUCAGGCUGAGGUGUCGAGCUGGCAUGAUUUCUGUAGUCAGAGACUCAAUUCAGUUGGAAAACAGGUGAAACUCUCCAGCUAUUGCAACAGGCUGAGCAUACGCGCAGGAUACGCCGUCUUUCGGGGACCUGUGGUGCCAUCGCGGUCGGAUGUGGCUGGAGACACUGCCACGGAACCCUCUCCUGGCUGUGGGGCAGACUGAGGGCUAGAGCCCCUCGGGCAAGGGGAAAGAUGACUGCGGGGAGCAGAAAAUGCAAAGUAAAGGGAUGGUUCUACUCAGGAUGUCCUCAAUCCAAGCCUCUUUUUUUUUUUUUUUUUUUUUUUCUAAAAAUGCAUCUAUGACUUAGACUUGCCUUACUCUGGAUUUUAGUAAGGAGUGCUCUGAAUUUGAGCCUCAUCUGAGAUCCUUCUGCGUUCUGUUGCUUUUGGUAUCAAAGUACCCAAUAUCCUUCUAAGUGUUGCUCCUACCACCAGAGCCUUUUUUGAGCUUAUUCAGUUAGAAAAGGUGUUUCUAGAGGACACUUUGUGAAUUCCUAGUGAGCAAGUAUGGAAACUCUCCAAAAUGUUGAUGUACAUAAGGGCUCACCAGAAAACCCACUGGAGCCAAAGGGAAUACGCUAAUCGAUUCUAGUAGUGAAAACCCCGUGGAAGAUGUUAUAUCAACAUUUCUUUUCCUCCGUUUAUAAACUUUAUUUGCUUAUCUGAACAAAGUUGGCACUUGACACCACCCUUUUUCCUUGCAUCAAGUUCGUCCUCUUGUCGCUGUGGGUAAUAAUUGUUCUAGUUACUGUUCACAAGCAGCAAAGGAUCAUCAUUUUGAAGGACAUUCUUGGCGUCUUCUGGUGAUGCAUGAGGGGGAGGCACUCACUUGAUGUCCUACAAGUGACUAGUGCAUCCUGAGCAAAGCGGCCUCAGCUGGGACCGGUCAAGUCUCUGAAACGUGACCAUUCACUGGAGCUGUAGCUGAACGUACUGUAAAGGUUACAGAUCUCGCCUUUGCCUCAGUUCAGGAUUUAUCUUGGCCGGGAAAGCGGGGAACAGGGUGAUGAUCAUGCUGACCAUGAUGCAAGGCUCCCAAAGUAGCCCGCUGCCUUUCCCUGCCUUACCUCGCUAAUCACCACCUCGCUGAACUGACCCAAAGGCUCCUUCGCUGUACUGUACUAUAUCCAGCCGAGGCAGAUUGCCGGCUGUCAUCACCCGUGGAUGCCAUCGCACCCUUUCCCCUUAUGUGAAUGAGCUGUAACUUGAACCAGAAGGAAAAACUAUGCCGUGUGAGUUGAGGGUGUUUGGAUUUUUCCAAGUGGGAGCCACAGAUCCAGAAAAAGACCCUCAUCUCUCAUGCUUGCCCCUCCCAAUACAGUCAACUGGGUAACUGGGGAAAGAUAACCCAGAUAUAGCGGAAACUGAGAUGGCAACGAGUGUUAAGUUAGGCUGUAGGUGUUGUCAGUGAAAAAGCAGACUGGUUUUAAGCCAAGGUUAAAUGAGCUCAGCUCGAGAUGAGCUCAGCUCAUCUGUCUGGAUAAACAGGAGCUGGUGGUUCUGUGCUCGGAGCCUGUCUCUGUUUUCACCUUAAUAACUAGCUAUCAGCACUUCCUGGACGUGAUCGCGUUUGUUGAACCAGUUAUCCUUUUCCAGUAAGCUCCCAAGAUAAUUUUAGCUCCGGUUAGUGCUACAAUUAAACUCAAGCAGAUGCCGCCUUUGCUUUUGCCACUACUGCUUAUCUUGGGGCAGCGUUCCCAAGGACGUGUGCGCUUGUGAGUGCACCGGGGUGAUGUCCCCGCCGAGCGUCUUCUGGAGUCCGGCCCUGGUCCACAGGCAUGUGACAUGGCCCAAACCUGUGUCAGUCACAUUUUCAGCUGUGCGUGGUUCCCUGGGGGAGAGGGGAUGUUAAAAGUACUCUUAUGCUUUCGUGGGCAAUCAUCAAGAAGUCUGGUGUCACAUGAAUUCAAACCUCAGAGCUUUCCAAAGCUUACUGAUUCCUGCAGUACCUUCCAUCCAUGAGUCUGCUCCUCGCCAAUACUGCUCACGCCUCAAGCGCUCAGACUGGGCAUCAUCACACGAGCCACGGGGAUCUGACUCCUGCUUUAGCUAGAAGGAAGAGCAGCCACAGCUCAUCAUCUGCGCCACCUCGAGUUUCUUACUGUGAACAUAAACCUAACUAAUUGGAUAAGCCCAUUAGCAGGCAAGGCAUCCUGUGCGGGACGUUUCUUAGGGGACCAACACAAGAGAUUCGGGUGUUAAGAAUCGGUGGGGGUUCGGUGCGACGAGUAACGCUCCAGUGGGCCGGUGGAUGCUGCUCUCCGUCCAGGGAGACUCCCAGCCCCGUGGAGGGGGAGAGCCCUUCUGGGCUGCUGCUCGGGUGGCGGUGUGAGUGUCUCUGAGGGUCUGGGUGGCAUCACUGGCACAAGCUUUAGUAAAUGUAAGGGCCGCUGUGUCCCCAGCAGGCGAGCCCUUUACGGAGGGGGAGGCGGAGGAGAGGCGGGUGCUGUUUUGGCAUUUUAAUGGAGUGAGAAUAAAAUGUUUGGUCUACGGCAAGGAGAGCUGCCGGGGUUUCAGGCACUGCCAUUGCCUCCGCUCUUGCAGACUGCCUGGAAGAAAGCCUUACCGCUGGCCCCCGCGUACAGGCAGCACGGAAAGGGAAAAACUAACUUCCGAAGCCACCGUUUGGGGGGAGAAAAGGCCGUCUAACGAGCGCGGGGAGGGAGCCCAGCGCUUGUUGCUGCGCUGGUUUGGAGCGACAAGUAUAUUAGAGAAGUAGUUUAAAACGUGCCGUGGUUUUUAGCAUAAUCAGAUGCGCUGCAGAUAUGUCACAUCCAUUUGAUUUCCCACAGCUGUUUACAAAAGGGAAAAAAGAAAAAAACCGAAAGCCCCUGAGCUGGGAGCAGCUGCAGUCACUCAGCUGUCAAUAUGGGACACGGCUCUUUCUGCUCCGCUUUUAUUUCCGCUUCACUCCGUUCUGCUGCACGUAUUUGGCUGUUUUGUGAAUUCGCAGAUCAUGAGAUUUAUUUUUUUUUUUUUUUCCAAACUGCCUUUGAUCUAUACAGAAGGACUCACCCAGCUCUCAUUUGAAUUCAUUAAUACUUUGAGUAGGCAUUUUAAUUUUAUGUUUACUGGCUUGUUUCCCUUUGUAACGUUAUCUAACUGUCAAGUUCGUCGUGCUCUGCAUUACCUUUAGGUUUUUGAGUUUAAAAUGUUUCCUGAAGGCUAUGAUCAUUUUUAGAGAUGUUAUAAAGGCAUCUUCAUUUCCUCAGGAGAAAACCUGAAUUACUCUCAGCUUUAAUUACUAGCAAAUCAAUAUUGAAGCACGUGAUUUUUUUUUUUUUUACAGCAUGAACAAAGUAUGUUUUAUGCCAUCAACUGUAGUUUGAAUUGUAGUUUAAAAACCUGCUUAAGCACGAAAAGCAGCAUUUUGUUUGCAACUUCUGUGCCAGGGAAGUCACAGCAUUCAAGGAAUUCCCUGGGUUGGAGUUUUUCCCACAAAGAUCUGCUGUCUUUUCCCCAGCAAUUGUGAAUUUAGCACAAUGUACAGGAUUUUAGCAAGAACCCCGAUUCCUAAACACGCGGCCAGAAGGAUGAGCAGAGGAUGUGUUUCUUGUUGGCCAAGCACAAGCAUUUCAGUGGAGAAAAUGCACUAGAGCCGGUCAGACGGUUGCUCUCGAGCUGCUGGGGCAGCGCUGCCUUCGGGAAGGGUCUCGGUGUUAGCAAAUCGCCAAACUGUGAACCACGGACUGUCAGAAGCAUUCGGCUCGUCUGUUUUUUAAGUUCCUGUUGUCAAGUGUGGUACAGUGGGGUUGCGAAAGGAAGGUAUUUUGGAUGACCAGGAUGAUGAAUGUAUGACGCUUCAUGUUUAUUCGUAAUGUCCUUUUUAUACUUAGAAAUUGCUUACAUAUGUAUCUGUAUGUAAAUAAAUGUUUAAUC